AUGUCAUUCAGGAGCACACAAACGAUUCGAGGCAUUCGAGCCUUUACGUCGUCAGCUAUUCGCCACAGCUAUGAGCAGCAAUUAGCUAAAUCCGCUGAAAACAUCAAUGUUCUAUUGGAGAACUCGGACAGACUGUCGUACAUCCUAGCACAAUACAUCCCUGAGCCAGCCAGAAAUGGCUUUUUAGCGAUCAAAGCCUUUGGAUUAGAAAUCAACAAGAUCACUGAUGGAGGCGCUGCCACGGGAUCAAGAGCUCUGAUGGCGCUGAACCAGCUUUCAUCUUCCAUGGGUCUAUCUACAGCAGACAUGAAGUACAAGUUCUGGCUGGACAUGAUGUCCAAGGCGUUCACUGACCAAGGCGAAGUACAUGAACCAACAGUGUUUCUCUUAAGAGAUGCUUUGAGACUGGGGCUCAACUUGGACAUCUCGUAUUUCCACCAAUACCUACAGACAAGGAGGCAUUUCCUUCUGUCAAAGCAAUUUAAGACCGUCGAGGAUAUCUGCUCAUACGGCGAGGGUACUUACUCUCAAUUGAAUUAUGCUACGCAGGCAUUGCUACUUCUGCCGCUGAUAUCCCCAUCUGUCAUUCACCUCUUGGAGCUUUCUCCACAAUUGCAGAACAAGGUCAGUGAUAUUGCAGCUCACAUUGGUCAGGCUUCUGCUGUGAGCUCAAUGAUUUUGGGCUUUGAAUACUACGCCAGCACCCGCAACAUCGUUACCUUACCUGUGGACCUCAUGACGAAGUUUGAGCUUUCUCAAGAAACUGCCCUUCGUUUGGCCCAGGGCCACCUCAAGGAGAAGAGUCAGGAGGAAGAGGCGAAGGAAAAACUUCAAAAUGUCAUUUUCGAAACGGCUGUGACAGCUAACGACCAUCUUCUCUCGGCUCGUGUUAAGCUUAAGGAGGUGAAGAACGACAUAGCACACUUGGUGAAGAGCAAGCCGCACGACUCUUUGCUACAGAAGAAUGUCAAGAAGUGGAGAAGAGGCAUUCCUGACGUUGUAUUCAUCCCCUUCAUGAACGCUAUACCCACAUCCUUAUAUUUGGAGAAGUUGGAGAAGAACGACUUCAACCUCUUCCGCCCAGGAAUGAAGCAAAAGGAGUGGCGUCUCGGCUGGAGGUCCUUCAAAAACUACUACACCAGAUCGAUCUAG